AGUGUUAACAGUUUGUGCAGAUAGCCGCGUUCAGCCAUGAGGUUGCUGCAAUUACUGAUAGUGGCCCUAAUCAUCGCCUAUCCCUGUGAUGUGUUAGGCGAUCGUGGUGGGCGUCGUGGCAAGGGUAAGAAUAAGAACAAGAAUGGUCCUUGUGGCAAGAAAUACUUGCGCCAGAUCAAUGGCAAAUGCUAUUACUUUUCGGGUAAAAAGAUGAACUGGUUUGGUGCGCAGAACAGUUGUCUGCGCAAGGGUCUUAUGUUGGCCGAUCUGGCUAACUUGGAGGAAUAUAAGGCGGUUCUUAGUGCACUUCGCACGCGUGGCAAUAUGGAGGACUUCUGGUUUGGUGCCAACGAUUUGCAGACCGAGGGAAGAUUCACAUAUAUAGCCAAUGGUCGCCUUGUGCGUUACUUUGGCGAGGGCACGGCGCCGGAGCCAACGCAAAGAUCCAAUUUGGAUGACUGCAUGGAGGUGCGACUGCGUGAGAAUACCACCACGAUGACCGAUGACAAUUGCCAGGAGCAGCAAUUCUUUAUAUGCCAGCAGGCGGAAAUAAAAUGCACAUUCCCAGUGGAGGAUGACGAGGGCGAUGGCAUGCAUCACAGCCACGAGCAUUUGCAUCACUUCCAUCACGAUCCUGCAAAAGCUGAUAAUAAGGGGAGCAACCAGGAAAGUCUGGAAAGCGAUUCACGGCCGGCUGAUAAUUCGAAUUCAGCGGAAGUCGGAGAGUCGGAGGAGGCCAAAAAGUCCGGUGAAAGCCCAGAGAAUGCGGGUCAAGGUGGAGAGGGUGAGGAAGAAACGACCGGAGAUGAUAACGAGGCGACAACGGAAGCGAACGCAACUACGACUGCUGAGGGCGUAACAGGAGAAGGAGAAUCUACAGCGGAAGGAGCAGGUACGGGAGAAACUACAGCUGCACCAGCAGAAGGAGCAAGUCUGCCAGCAGGAGAAGGAGAAUCUACAACUGCACCAGCAGACGGAGCAAGUGCGGCAGCAGCAGAGGGAGAAACCACAGCUGCACCAGCGGAAGGAGCAAGUGCGCCAGCAGGAGAUGGAGAAUCUACAGCUGCACCAGCAGAAGGAGCAGCUUCGCCAGCAGGAGGCGGAGAAACUACAGCCGCACCAGCAGAAGGAGCAGCUUCGCCAGCAGGAGGCGGAGAAACUACAGCUGCACCAGCGGACGGAGCAGCUCCGCCAGCAGGAGACGGAGAAACUACAGCUGCACCAGCGGAAGGGGCCUAAAGCUAAAGACGACGGAAAACCUCAAAUAAAAUUAGCCGACCGUCUCUAGCGAUUAAAUAUAGUGUGAUUUGUUUGAAAGCAAAGAAUAAAACGGAAAAUAUAAAAAGUGUGACUAGGCCAAUGUAUUUGUAUCAACAACACUUGGCAUCUAAAUAAAUAA